AUGACAGCCAAUUACAUAUACACACCCAAGGAUAAUCCUCGUGAACAUACAGAUGUUUACAAGCCAACAAUAUUUAUGACGGACACGCUAUCUCCGUCACAGGGAUCCCCAAAGGAGCCAGCUGGACGAAGAUCUGUUAGGUUUUCGUCCAUAGAAACAACUUUACCCGUUAAUAGGUCAAGCCUUCUUACUGGCUCACAUACUGCAGAGCCACAUACCACGCAAAGAGUACCUAAAACAGCACAGCAUCGGAGAGCAGAAGGAUUCUCAACCAUGCCUUUACAGCGGCCAAAGAGCACUCUUGCAGCGUCAUCUGAAAAGCGUCCCAUUGCAGAGUCCACAGACUUAAAGCCUAUGCUAGAUGAAGGCAGGUACUUCCUAGCAACCUCUAGCUCUGCUUCUGACUCCAAAGUGUCACGCAUAUCAUGUGCCAAUCAACUUUCGCAAGCCUCUAGAAGCGAAGACACCCGGAUAGAUUCAUCGUUUUCUAGUGCAUCUAACAAGACUCAACGCCACACCUCAUCUACCCGGCAUAAUCCUCUGUUGGAUGGUCCGACGUCACGGCCCGAGUACAUUGCAAAGGGGCCAGUCGAGCAAGAGAUCCCUUUGCCGCAGUUCCAUGUCAUCAAGCUAUUGCAAGCAGAAUACGUCCUACUAUUGCUCAGAAAUGAGCGUUUGCAAAAGUAUCGCGCCUUUUGUGCAUUUACCCACAAUUUGUUAUUGAAGACGCUUAGGAAUAAGGCAGCAAGCAUACGCACAGAGGUUUUAAAAGCUGCAUAUUCAGAUCUGGCCCAAUCCCUCAACGCUGCGAACGCCGCUCUUCAGGACAUUUCUAAGAGAACACUUGCUACGUUUACUCCAUCUACUCUCAAGCAACUCAGUGCUUUGAAUGAUGCUGUGGAGGCAUGUACGGCUGCGAGGUUACGAGGGCUGAGUCUUGUUCCUGCUAGUGAGUGCACGGAGCGCUUGUUAGAGCUGCUCAGAGCUGCUGAUGAAUUUCUCGAGCACAUUUCUCCCAUUGAAGCUGACGUAGCGAUUGAUUCAGCAGAAGGGGUUAAUGCUGGACUAGUGAGUCAUCUCUGCAGAUCAACAGCGAGGCUACAGGCGCUGAUUUAUGAGGCUGCCCUUCUGGGUCACAGGAAAGAUCAUGGUUAA